AUGCAACAGAGGAGAUAAAUUUGCGUAAAUCUGGACGGUUGAGAGAUUGUAAUCGGACGGAUGAGAAAGAGGAUAAUAAUACAGCAACCCUAGAAAGGCCUCUCCUUCCUCCUGCGUAUAAAAAUUGACAUCACUCGCUGACUUCUCUCUCUUAGGUUUUCAUUCUCAAAUCUCUUCUUCUCCAAUCUAUCUCUCUCUCCCUCUCUCGUUUACCAAAUCCGUUGAAAGAUGUCGGACGAAGAGCACCACUUCGAGUCCAGUGACGCCGGAGCUUCCAAGACCUAUCCCCAGCAGGCUGGUAACAUCCGUAAGGGUGGUCACAUCGUCAUCAAGGGCCGUCCCUGCAAGGUUGUUGAGGUUUCGACUUCGAAGACUGGCAAGCACGGUCACGCGAAAUGUCACUUUGUUGCCAUUGAUAUCUUCACUGCGAAGAAGCUCGAGGAUAUCGUUCCCUCUUCCCACAAUUGUGAUGUUCCCCAUGUGAAUCGUGUUGAUUACCAGUUGAUUGAUAUCUCCGAGGAUGGCUUUGUUAGCCUUCUGACCGACAGUGGUGGCACCAAGGACGAUCUCAAGCUUCCCACCGAUGAUAAUCUGGCUGCUCUGAUGAAGAGUGGAUUCGAGGAGGGUAAGGAUGUUGUGGUGUCUGUCAUGUCUUCCAUGGGAGAGGAGCAGAUCUGUGCCGUCAAGGAAGUUGGUGGUGGCAAGUAAACAAAGUAUCGUUCUCUUUACACAGAGGAUAAUAUUAUUACCAGUUUGACGACAGUUGGUCAAUGUUAUAAGAACAAGAAAAAAUGUUUUUUUCCUUUUUCUAAUUUAGACCAUUUGUGUGUGUUUCCUGUUGCAAGACAAACAUAUCUAUUGGUUUUGGAUUGUUGAAAAGUUUGGUGUUGAAACAGGGAAUAUUUUCCUUUGAUCCUAUGUUAUCUCUUAAUCCUUUCACUUA